UCUUCUCAGUUCUUCACCGUUCCACAUUGCUUCAACACCAUGGCAUUCUCUGGGAAGUACAAGCUCGAAAGUCAGGAAAACUACGAUGAGUUUCUAGAGGCAAUUGGUUUUGCCAAUGCCAAGACAGACUUCAAGGUGAUAACAGAGGUGCUUCAGGAGGGGGAUGAUUUCACCUGGUCUCAGAUGAUCCCAAACUGGACCUGGACUAACAAGUUCACCAUUGGAAAGGAGUGUGAGUUAGAGACCAUGAGACGCUCCAAAUUCACGACCACCGUCACUAUGGAAGGAGGCAAGAUUGCUAUUCCGUUCCCCCAGUACCAUUUUACUGCUGAGAUCAGUGGGGAGAAGCUUAUCAUGCUCUGUACAACCCCAGGAGAGAAGGGUGUGACCAUGAAGAGAAUCAGCAAGAGGAUCUGAAAUCAAACAUCCAAUGUGUUGAUGCAGAUGUCUUCUGUGUGCACUGUAACUGGAAAUGUUCCCAAUACCUCAUAAACUACCCGUAUUAUACUGUUUGACCUUGGCAUGUCCAGAGAGACCUGGAUGACUCAUAUCUGUUGGAUGCCUCUUCCAGUAGGCUACAUGUCCAGAGAGACCUGGAUGAC